CUUUUUUCUUUUAUUCACCAGUUUUUUCCUACCUACUUUGAACAGGAAUAUCAUGUCCGAUCUAUCAAACCAAAAAUGCAAAUCACCUGGUUGUGGUCAACCUGCCAAGUUACAAUGCCCAACUUGCUUGAAACUCAAGAUUGAUGGAUCCUUCUUCUGUUCACAAGACUGCUUCAAGAAAAACUGGACUACUCAUAAGGCUGUACACAAGGCUAAAUUGGAAAGUCAACCUCAUAAUCCUUUUCCCAAUUACUCUUACACCGGUGAUCUCCGUGCAGUUUACCCCUUGUCAGCUACUAGACAAGUACCUGAAGGAAUUCAACGACCUGAUUAUGCGGAAACCAGCAUUCCUGUUUCUGAAGAAAGAGCUCGAGGAGAUGCUAUUAAGGUUUUAUCUCCCAAGGAAAUUGAAGGUAUGCGUGCAGUAUGUAAAAUAGCUCGUGAAGUAUUAGAUAUUGGUGCUGCUGCUAUUCGACCUGGAAUUACUACGGAUGAAAUUGAUCGCAUUAUUCAUGAAGCUACUAUUGAACGAGGUGCCUACCCAUCACCUUUGAACUAUUAUAAAUUCCCCAAAUCUGUAUGCACAUCCGUGAACGAAGUGAUUUGUCAUGGUAUUCCUGAUCAACGUCCUUUGAAAGAUGGUGAUAUUGUCAACUUGGAUGUGACCUGUUAUUAUGGUGGAUUCCAUGGUGAUUUGAAUGAAACCUACUUGGUUGGAAAUGUAGAUGAAAAAGGUCGACUUUUGGUGAAAACAGCCCGAGAAUGCUUAGAAAAGGCUAUUGCGUUAGUGAAACCUGGUGUUCGUUAUCGUGAUUUUGGCAAGGUGAUAGAAGAUCAUGCAAAGAAGAAUGGAUUCUCUGUGGUUCGUACUUUUUGUGGACAUGGUAUUAAUCAACUUUUCCAUUGUGCUCCUAAUGUGCCACAUUAUGCUAAUAACAAAGCCGUUGGUAUUAUGAAACCUGGUCAUGUCUUUACAAUUGAACCUAUGAUUUGUGAAGGCACAUGGAGGGAUCAAUUAUGGCCUGAUAACUGGACAGCAGUGACUAUGGAUGGAAAACGAUCUGCACAAUUUGAACAUACAAUGUUGGUGACUGAAACUGGUGUGGAAAUCUUGACAUAGAACAAUAGUGGUGGGAUAGUUCAUGUAGAUUAGUAGAUAUAUACAGUAUAUAAUAAACGUACAAAAUAAUAAAAAAAAAAAGCUGAAGAAAUAACUUUUAUCAUUUUUUUAUCAUCAUCA